CACAAUAGUAUUUAAUCCCAACCAGACAUGUUGUUCUUCCAUAUAGGAGACAUGGCAACUUAUGUGCAAUAUUUCUGGGGCCUAUCCUUCUCAUUUUCACUUUAUUUCAUUCACUCAAUAUCCAUAUCUAAUGUGUACAUUGUUUAUCUAGGGCUCAACCAAUUUCAUGAUCCUAUUGUUACUUCAAACUUUCAUAUUCAACUCCUGUCUAAUGUCUUUGCAAGUGAAGAAGAAGCUAAACAGUCCUUGCUCUAUAGCUACAAGCACAGCUUCUCAGGCUUUUCAGCGAUGCUCAAUUCAACCCAAGCAAUCACCAUCGCUAACAUGAAAGGAGUAAUAUCAGUGUUUAGGAGCAAGACACUAGAGUUGCACACCACCAGAAGCUGGGACUUCUUGGGCCUUACCUUGGACUGCACUACUGAAGCAACUCCACUGCAAUUGAGCUAUGGCGAUAAUGUUGUUGUUGGAGUCUUUGAUUCCGGCAUAUGGCCAGAAUCUGACAGCUUCAAGGAAGAGCCAUGUCUGUGGCCAAUUCCACCAUCUUGGAAGGGACAAUGUGUUAAAGGAGAAGGUUUUGAACCCAGAAAAGCAUGCAACAGGAAGUUAAUUGGUGCGCGUUACUACCUCAAAGGGUUUGAACAGCAAUUUGGACCUCUAAAUAAAAGUUGUGGCAACUCAGAAUAUCGAUCUGCUCGAGACUUCCUUGGUCAUGGAACACAUACAGCUUCAACAGCAGUUGGAUCCAUUGUUAAAAAUGGAAGCUUCUUUGGUUUUGGGCAAGGCACUGCUAGAGGUGGAGCUCCUAGGGCUAGAUUAGCCGUGUAUAAGAUAUGCUGGGGCAAGAAUUUGGAAGGGAAAUGCGCAGAAGCUGAUAUACUCGCUGCUUUUGAAGAUGCAUUGAGAGAUGGUGUUCAUAUAAUCUCAGCGUCAUUCGGGUCACCACCUCCAUUGGCUCCUUUCUUUUUUUCAAGUGCUGAUAUAGGUUCCUUUCAUGCAAUGCAAUUUGGUGUUAGUGUGGUGUUCUCAGCUGGAAAUGAUGGUCCUGCUCCAUCUCUAGUGGGAAAUGUCUCACCUUGGAGUAUAUGUGUUGCUGCUUCUACUAUUGAUCGAACAUUUCCUACACAGAUUGUUCUUGGCAGCGACUUCUCUGUUACGGGAGAAAGCUUCAUAACCAAAGAGAUCAAAGGAAAAUUGGCAAACGCAGAGAUGUAUUUUACUGCUGGAAUUUGUAUGUUGGAGAAUUGGACCAAGAAAUCAGCGACAGGAAAGAUUAUUCUGUGCUUCUCCAAUAUAGGGCCAAUACCAUCAAGUGAAAUUGCACAGAAAGCAGUGAAGACAGCCAAUGGAUUAGCUUUGAUCUUUGUUGAACCUCCUACCAACCAGAUUGCUGAUGUAGAUAUCAUCCCCACCGUUCGGGUUGACAUUAGCCAAGGCACUCAAAUUCAAUACUAUCUUGCACAGUUUCCUAAGCUCCCUGUGGUGAGGAUAUUACCAAGUAGAACUGUAAUUGGCAAGUCACCAGCUCCUGUAGUAGCACCCUUCUCUUCCAGAGGUCCAAGCUCCAUUUCACCUGACUUUCUCAAGCCAGACUUAACAGCUCCUGGAAUUAAUAUACUGGCAGCAUGGCCUCCAAAGACUCCUCCAACUCUGAUGCCAAGUGAUGACGACCGCUCCGUGAACUGGAAUUUCCAGUCAGGAACAUCAAUGUCUUGCCCUCAUGUGUCAGGAGUAGCUGCACUCAUUAAAUCUGCCCAUCCCCACUGGUCUCCAGCUGCCAUUAGAUCUGCUCUAAUGACUACCGCGUCCACAAGAGAUACGACCCUUGAUAGUAUUCUGGCUGGUGGAUCAAUGGAAGUUUCAGAUCCUUUUGACAUUGGUUCUGGCCACAUAAACCCAUUAAAAGCAAUGGAUCCAGGUCUAGUUUACGACAUGAAAACCAGAGACUACAUUAUCUUUCUCUGCAAUAUCGGCUACACCCAAGAACAAAUAAAGAAGAUGAUUCUUCCUUCUCCUGGAACUGACAUAACAUGCUGCUCUUACCUACCUAAAACCAACAUGAACAUGAACAUAAACUACCCAUCAAUCACUGUCUCUAAUCUGCAAUCCUCUACUACGAUCAAGAGGACUGUUAGAAAUGUGGGUACAAAGAAGAAUGCUAUAUACUUUGUUAGGAUUGUUAAGCCGAAUGGAGUGGAGGUAGUGGUCUGGCCUAGGGUUCUUAUUUUCUCAUGCUUCAAGGAGGAAUUCUCAUACUAUGUGACACUCAAGCCAUUGAAGAAAUCUCAAGGGAGAUAUGAUUUUGGAGAGAUAGUGUGGUCAGACGGAUUCCAUUACGUAAGGAGUCCAUUGGUUGUGGUAGUGAACACUAUUGGCGGUGAUGAUUCUGCUAUUGUCUCAAGCAUUUAAAGGUCUUCUUAAUGCUUAUUGAUCAACUUAAUUUGAGUGUUAUAUAUGUAAGCCCUAAUAAAUAAUUAU